GUCUGUCUGAAGACUCUGAAGUUUCAUGAUUUGAUAUGUUUUUGUUAAAUAUUUUCUCUAGGUCACUCAUGGGGUUAAAAAUCUUUCUUUUAAUGAUAGCUGUGCAUACAUGCACUGGAGAGAGCGGUAGCGGUUAUUCACCAUAUGAGAAACACAAUGGAAACUUUGGUGGAACAUGGACUGAUGGGCAGACAGUUUUUAAUUAUUCUCUGGAUCAAGAACCGUUCAAACCUCCAAUAUACAAAAGCCUUUCUGCCAUUGCUUAUCAUAUUCUUGAUGAAUAUCAAGAGGUAAUAUCAAGGGAGGAGCAAACAGACCUGGCGUCUCCCAACAAUCCCUCAAAGGUCACAGCUAAAAAAUAUAUCAUAAAGGAAAACGCAAGCCCCAUCUUUUUUUCUCCUAAAAUGAAACUGCUCAACACUGCACAUUUGAGCAACAACACUGAUCUGGAAGCAGUGAAAUUAAACAAAACUACACAAAACUUGAUGGCAUUCUUCAUCUCAGGUGAUGCUGUGCUCUUCCUCAAAGGCCUGCUGGUCACACGUGUCAUGCCCUCUUUCUACAUCCUCCUCUUCCUCAUUAGUUUGCCUCUAAACGCAUUGGCCCUGGUGACGUUCACCUGUAAGAUUAAAGAAAAGAAACCGGCUGUGAUCUACAUGUCAAACCUGGCGUGUGUGGAUCUGCUCUUCACCCUGCUGCUUCCUCUGAAGAUCCACUAUCAUCUGAACGGAUCUGAUUGGGUGUUUGGUGAGGUUGCGUGUCGCGUGCUAAGCGCUGCUUUCUACUGCUACAUGUACUGCUCCAUACUGCUGAUGAUGUGUAUAAGUGUGGACAGACUGCUGGCUGUGGUUUUCCCCAUCGCCUCUCUGACCUGGAGGACAACGAGAAAUUCUGCUUACGUUUGUGCGCUGGUCUGGUUGCUGGCACUUGCUGGUACAGGGCCACUUCUCCUAAUAACACAAACAUUAAACAUCAAGGAUUUGGGCAUCACCUGCCACGAUGCAUUGCAUCAUGAAGACCCAGCAGAUCAGAUGUACAUGAACCUGUUUUCCAUUCUGUCCUGUCUUUACUUCUUCCUGCCGCUGCUCAUCACUUUGGCGUGUUACUCUAGUAUUAUAUAUGCACUUAGUGUCAAAUCUGGUCGCUUAGCAACAUCAUCAUCAACCUCAGAUAAAUGGAGGAGAGCCGUGAUUAUGACUAUUGCCACAAUGAUAGAGUUUGUGGUUUGUUUUGCACCAGCCAAUAUAAUCCUGUUGUACCACUGUGUUCUUCUGAUCACAGGAGGCGUCAGCGGGGAGGGAAACGCAUCAUAUAUGGCUUACAUGUUAGCUGUGUGUGCAGGGAGCUCAAGUGUUUUUCUGGAUCCUCUGCUGUAUUACUAUGGGUCGUCUCAGUGCAGAAAGCAGAUCAGAUCUGUGUUGAGGAGGAAGAAAACAAAAGUACAAAGCUACACAGUUACAAAGUUAUCAAACACUACUGAGCUGAGCAUACAAACAGAAUCAUGUUAAUGUGUUCUGAUUAAACACAUAGUUUGCAUUAUUUUCAGAAUUGGAAGUUCAUUUGAGUAUAUGCUAGCUUACAUGUAAUCAUCAUUGUAACAAAUGCUUUCUGGCUUCACAUGAGCAUCUAAGAGUUAAAGUUUUAUUGUGUGUGUACCCUGUAAAAAGGACUUUAGAAUAUAAAGCAUGUUCAGUUUGCUCA